AUGGCGGAUAAAACUGCUCCCCGUUGCCAAUUACGGUUGGAAUGGAUACACGGCUACCGGGGACAUCAGUGUCGCAACAACUUGUAUUACACCGCAGGAAAAGAGAUUGUCUACUUCGUGGCUGGAGUUGGUGUAGUAUUCAACACAAGAGAGCACACACAGAAGUUUUAUUUGGGACACAACGAUGACAUAAUCAGUUUGGCCUUGCAUCCUGACAAGAUUCAAGUGGCCACUGGUCAGGUGGGGAAGGAUCCUUACAUCUGUGUGUGGGACUCUUAUGCUAUGCAGACCGUGUCCAUUCUAAGAGAUGCACACACACAUGGAGUAGCAUGCCUGGCGUUUGACACGGAUGGACAGCGAUUGGCUUCUGUUGGUCUGGAUGCUAAAAACACAGUGUGUGUGUGGGACUGGAAAAGAGGGCGGGUUUUGGCCACUGCCACAGGCCAUUCUGACAGGAUCUUUGAUAUUUCCUGGGAUCCUUUCCUGACACAUAGACUGGUUUCCUGUGGAGUGAAGCACAUCAAAUUCUGGACAUUGUGUGGGAAUGCACUAACACCCAAGCGAGGGAUUUUUGGGAAGACAGGAGAUUUGCAGACCAUUUUGUGUCUGGCUACGGCUAAAGAUGAGGUGACAUAUUCUGGAGCACUUAACGGAGACAUCUACGUCUGGAAAGGGCUAAACCUGGCACGCACAAUACAAGCUGCACAUGGAGCAGGAAUCUUCAGCAUGCAUGCAUGUGAAGAGGGUUUUGCCACUGGGGGUCGAGAUGGCUGUAUAAGACUUUGGGAUAUUGACUUCAAACCCAUCACCAAAAUUGACCUCAGAGAGGCUGAGCAUGGUUACAAAGGGCUUUCCAUACGCAGCGUAUGCUGGAAGGCUGACCGUAUCCUGGCUGGCACACAGGACAGUGAAAUCUUUGAAGUGAUGGUACGGGACAGAGACAAGCCUCUGCUUCUCAUGCAAGGCCACUCUGAGGGCGAACUCUGGGCCCUGGACCUUCACCCAAAGCAGCCCCUCGCCGUGACCGGCAGCGACGACCGUUCUGUCCGGCUGUGGAGCCUAACAGACCAUACCCUAAUAGCGCGCUGUAACAUGGAGGAAGCUGUGCGCAGUGUGUCUUUCAAUAAUGACGGCUCACAGCUAGCUCUGGGAAUGAAAGAUGGCUCUUUCACUGUACUGCGAGUCAGGGACAUGACGGAGGUGGUCCACAUCAAAGACAGGAAGGAGGUGAUCCACGAGUUAAAAUUCUCUCCUGAUGGAGCAUACUUAGCCGUGGGUUCCAAUGAUGGAUUUGUGGACAUCUACGCGGUUGCCCAACGCUAUAAGAAGGUGGGUGAGUGCAACAAGUCCACCUGCUUCAUCACACACCUGGACUGGUCGGUGGAUAGUCGCUUCCUACAGACCAACGAUGGUGCAGGGGAGAGAUUUUUCUACAGGAUGCCAGCUGGGAAGUUUCUUCCUAAAGAAGAAGCCAAAGGGAUACAUUGGAUGACAUGGACCAGUGUUAUAGGGCCAGAGGUGAAUGGAAUCUGGCCCAAAUACUCCAAUGUCAAUGACAUCAACUCUGUGGAUGCUAAUUACAGCAGUGCUGUUCUGGUAACAGGGGAUGAUUUUGGUCUUGUCAAACUCUUCAGAUUCCCCUGUCUUAAAAAAGCUGCAAAAUUUAAGAAAUAUAUUGGCCAUUCUGCUCAUGUCACCAAUGUACGUUGGUCACAUGACCUGCAGUGGGUCUUGAGCACGGGUGGAGCAGAUCACUCUCUGUUCCAGUGGAGGUUUCUGCCUGAGGGGGUCAUGAAUGGUGUUCUUGAACCCCUUCUCCAAGAGGGCUAUGCUGACUCUAACAGUGGAGAGUCAGACUCAGACUUGUCUGAUGUUCCCGAGCUUGACUCAGAUAUCGAGCAGGAGGCUCAAAUGAACUACGAGAGACAGGUGUAUAAGGAAGAUCUACCUCAGCUGAAGAAGAAACUAGUUGGUUCUUUGAAAAGGCAGAAAGCACCUGAUGAAAGUCUACGCCUGCAAUUUGUUCACGGGUACCGGGGCUGUGACUGUAGGAAUAACCUCUUCUACACUCAGGCUGGUGAGGUGGUGUACCAUGUCGCAGCAGUGGCUGUGGUCUACAACAGACAGCAGCACACACAGCGCUUCUACCUGGGUCACGAUGACGACAUCCUUAGCCUCACCGUCCACCCACUCAAAGACUAUGUGGCUACAGGCCAGGUGGGCAGGGAUCCAGCCAUUCAUGUGUGGGACAUUCAGACAUUAAAAUGUUUAUCUCUGCUGAGGGGGCAACACCAGCGAGGAGUGUGUGCUCUCGAAUUCACAGCGGAUGGAAAGAGCCUGGUUUCCAUAGGCAUAGAUGAAGGUCACUCCAUAGUGAUUUGGGACUGGAAAAAGGGUGAAAAGCUAGCCAAAGCAAGAGGACACAAAGAUAAGAUCUUUGUGGUGAAAGGCAAUCCCUUCCGCAUGGACAAGCUGGUUACAGUGGGGCUAAAGCACAUUAAGUUCUGGCAGCACACAGGCGGAGGCCUGACAUUUAAGCGGGGCAUCUUUGGGAACCUGGGUAAACAGGAGACCAUGAUGUCUGUGUGUUACGGUCGCUCAGAGGAUCUGGUGUUCUCUGGAGCUACCACAGGAGACGUUUACAUCUGGAAGGACACCUCUCUUCUCAAGACCAUCAAAGCACAUGAUGGGCCUGUGUUUGCCAUGUGUUCCCUUGACAAGGGCUUUGUGACAGGGGGUAAGGAUGGUGUGGUGGAACUAUGGGAUGACAUGUUUGAAAGAUGUCUGAAGACCUAUGCCAUCAAGAGGGCUGCUCUUUCCCCUUCCUCUAAAGGGCUGCUUCUAGAAGAUAACCCCUCCAUUCGAGCCAUCACCCUGGGCCAUGGACACAUUCUGGUUGGCACCAAAAAUGGUGAAAUCCUGGAGAUUGACAAGAGUGGUCCAAUGACUCUACUGGUUCAGGGUCAUAUGGAGGGGGAGGUGUGGGGUCUUGCUGCCCAUCCUUUGUUGCCUGUGUGUGCCACUGUUAGUGAUGACAAGACACUCCGCAUCUGGGAACUUUCUGCUAACCAUCGAAUGGUUGCCGUACGGAAACUGAAAAAAGGCGGUAGGUGUUGUGCCUUCUCUCCAGAUGGAAAAGCCUUAGCUGUUGGCCUAAAUGAUGGUAGUUUCCUGGUUGUGAAUGCUGAUACACUAGAGGACAUGGUGACUUUUCACCACAGGAAAGAACUUAUCUCUGACAUCCGAUUCUCUCAAGAUGCUGGAAAGUACCUGGCAGUGGCUUCCCAUGACUCUUUCGUGGACAUUUACAAUGUGCUGACCAGUAAGAGAGUGGGCAUCUGCAAAGGAGCUUCCAGCUACAUCACACACAUCGAUUGGGACACCCGCGGAAAAUUACUGCAAGUGAAUACCGGUGCCAAAGAGCAGUUAUUUUUUGAGGCCCCUCGUGGACGGAGACAGACGAUCAACACAGCUGAGUUUGAGAAGAUAGAAUGGGCUACGUGGACCUCAGUGUUAGGUCCCACCUGUGAGGGAAUCUGGCCCACUCUGAGUUUUGUCAAUGCCUCUUCACUAACCAAAGAUAGGAAGCUGCUUGCCACUGGGGAUGACUUUGGCUUCCUAAAACUCUUCAGCUUUCCCUGCAAGGGUCAGUUUGCCAAGUUUAAGAGGUAUGUAGGCCACAGUGCCAAUGUGACAAACGUACGAUGGACCAAUGACGAUGCCAUGCUGCUGUCAGUGGGUGGGGCUGACACAGCUCUAAUGAUCUGGGCACGAGAAGGUGUGGGGCCCAGAGAGAGCAAAGCCGUAGACAGCGAGGAGUCAGAUGAUGAUCCUGAGGAAGACGGAGGCUAUGACAGUGAUGUAGCCAGGGAAAAGAAUAUAGACUACACUACCAAAAUCUAUGCUGUCAGCAUUCGAGAGAUGACUGGCAUUAAACCACACCAGCAACAGAAAGAGAUUUUGGUGGAUGAAAGGUAUCUCUGUUGUCUCUGUAGGCCACCAGUUAGCAGAGCUGCUCCUCUACCGGAAAAACUCCUGAAAAAUAACAUCACUAAGAAGAAGAAACUAGUGGAGGAUCUUUCUCUGGACCACGUGUUUGGGUACAGGGGCUUUGACUGUCGUAAUAACCUUCACUACCUCAACGACGGUGCAGAUAUAAUCUUCCACACUGCAGCUGCAGCUGUGAUCCAAAGUCUCUCUGCUGGUACACAGAGCUUUUACCUGGAACACACCGAUGAUAUCCUCUGUCUCACUGUUAAUCAACACCCAAAGUAUCAAAAUGUUAUUGCCACUGGCCAGAUAGGUGAUAUCAGUGACCUUCCAGGUUUGGCUCCAUCCAUUCAUGUGUGGGAUGCUAUGAGUAAGCAGACCCUCUCGGUGCUGCGGUGCUCUCAUGCUAAAGGUGUUGGAUAUGUCAACUUCAGUGCCACGGGGAAACUGCUGCUGUCUGUUGGUGUGGAACCUGAACACACCAUCACUGUGUGGCGCUGGCAGGAAGGAACCAAAGUGAGCAGUAAGGGGGGUCACACGGAUCGGAUUUUUGUCGCAGAGUUUCGUCCAGACUCCGACACUCAGUUUGUGUCAGUUGGUAUCAAGCAUGUCAAGUUCUGGACCUUGGUGGGUGGCUCCCUCAUGUAUAAGAAGGGUGUGAUUGGUGGAGUGGAAGAGGGCAGGGUCCAGACCAUGCUCUCUGUAGCUUUUGGUGCUAAUAAUUUGACGUUUACGGGUGCCAUAAACGGGGAUGUGUAUGUGUGGAGAGAUCACUUUCUGGUGCGGGUGGUGGCCAAAGCCCACACUGGGCCCGUGUUUACCAUGUACACCACCCUCAGAGACGGCCUCAUCGUCACCGGGGGAAAGGAGAGACCGACUAAAGAAGGAGGAGCCGUGAAGCUCUGGGAUCAGGAGAUGAAAAGAUGCAGGGCCUUUCAGUUGGAAACUGGUCUACCUGUAGAGAGUGUCAGAUCCGUGUGUCGUGGAAAGGGUAAAAUCUUAGUGGGCACUAAGGAUGGUGAGAUCAUUGAGGUGGGUGAGAAAAAUGCAGCCUCCAACAUCAUGAUAAACGGACACACGCAGGGGCGGAUCUGGGGACUGGCCACGCACCCCUCUAAAGACGUGUUCAUCUCGGCCAGCGACGAUGGCUCUAUCCGCAUCUGGGACCUCGCAGACAAGAAACUCUUGAGCAAGGUUAGUCUGGGUCACCCUGCCAAAUGUACGGCCUGUAGCCCAAAUGGAGAGAUGGUGUCCAUUGGAAUGGAGAAUGGAGAGUUUAUCGUCCUGCUGGUGAACUCACUGAGCGUCUGGGGAAAGAAAAGAGACCGAAGUGUGGCUAUCCAGGACAUCCGGUUCAGCCCAGAUAACAGGCUGCUGGCUGUAGGAUCUGUGGAGAAUGCAGUGGAUUUCUAUGACCUGACCCUGGGUCCAUCCCUCAAUCGCAUUGGCUACUGCAAAGACAUACCUGGCUUUGUCAUUCAGCUUGACUUCUCUGCAGACAGCAAGUAUAUAGCGGUCUCCACAGGAACAUACAAAAGACAGGUACAUGAGGUUCCCAAUGGGAAAAUGGUGACUGAGCAGGCCAUCAUUGACAGAAUCACCUGGGCGACCUGGACCAGUGUCCUUGGAGAUGAAGUCCUGGGUGUGUGGCCUCGGAACGCUGACAAAGCGGACAUUAACUGUGCGUGUGUUUCCCACGCCGGCCUGAACGUUGUCACGGGAGACGACUUCGGUCUCGUCAAGCUCUUCGAUUUCCCGUGCACGGAGAAAUUUGCCAAACAUAAGCGCUACUUCGGUCACUCAGCACAUAUAACCAAUAUUCGGUUUUCCUUUGAUGACAAGUAUGUAAUCAGUGUGGGAGGCAAUGAUUGCAGUGUGUUUGUGUGGAGAUGCCUCUGA